UCCAAGCAGGGAAGGAGGCACGGCUUAGUUCACGGGAUAGUCACUCCCCAGGGAAAUGCAGGAAGAGGAGACUCUCUCUCUCUAGAUCAGGAGCGUAGAUAGCUCAAUAGAGUUUCCUAAGAACAGCUGAUCCCAUUGAAAGUGAAUCUUCAUUCUGCUUUGGGUCGCUCACCAGCAUGGUCUGGAGUGAAACCGACUAAGAAGAGAGAGGCACGACCACUGAUUCAGGGCCAGAGAUGGAAGGUGACCUCUCCUGCACUUCGACCGAGGGACUGAGGAGCUGCGAACCCCCGGAGGGAGGCAAUGCCAGCAUGGAAGGAGAGAUGGGGCCAGCCUGGGGUGCCACUCCAGACCACAGCGGAGGAGGGAUUACAGGUCUGGAGCAGCAGGACUGCACUGGAAGUACAUCAUCUUCUGGACUCACAAGCACCAUGGUUGAGCCCAACCUCCCUGCACGUGAUGGGCAAGAACCCAAGUGCACUUCGGGAGUCACCAACACAAGCUUUGUUGGGGAUCCUCCACCCUAUUCUCCUCCAGACCCUAAGACUGCUCACUUGAUGUACCCACCUUUCCAGGCCAUCUCAGGACAAGUGCCCAUCAUGUACCAGCCAGGACCUUCCCAGCAGAAUUUACCUCCUGACUCCUUCCCAUACACUAUUUACAAUGGGCUUCCUGCCAGCAGGCUUCCAGGAGCGGCAGACAGGAGGCGCCCGCCCAAAGAUUAUAUGGUGGAGUCAGUGCUGGUGACAGUUUUCUGCUGCUUAUUAACAGGGGUGAUCGCCCUUGUCUACUCCCAUGAGACACGAGCAGCCCUGAACAGAGGAGACCUGAUCCAAGCCAAGCUAGCAUCCAAAAAAGCCCGAUCCCUGGUUCUCUUCAGCCUGCUCUUUGGAGUGUUCGUCUGCAUCAGCUGGGUCAUCUAUGUAGUGGUGGUCCUUUAUCUAUGACAGAGACAGGCUGCAUGACGUUAACCCCACAGACAACAGCCUGCAUCACAUUAACAGCUCACCACCACCGUCCGCAGCACCUGGGGCAGCAGGGCAAGCACCUAGUCAUCGGCUAAGAGAAGUGCCGUGAUACAGCAAUAUGGCAUGGAAAUCAGAGGGUGUCUGAGCUGCCAUGUUUUCUGCCAGCAGAUACUGUGCAGCACAGGUUUAUGCUUGUCCAGCCUCUGGGAUUGUAUUUCAUUCUCUUCCUCAAGUGCAGUGAUGGCGGGGUAUUGUGCCAGGCCCAGCCAAACCAGCAGCACCACUGCAACAACUUCGAUGCUGCCCCAAGCCAGCACGGAAGCAACCCACCUGCCUCAUCCAGCCCCAGGGGACUGCAAGACAAGUGAGCAAGCUCUACCGGACUGACCACCACAUUGCUUCAAUAACUUGGGGAAAUCCAAAAGCUGAGCAUCAGCUCCACAAAACAUUGCGUGUCCCAGGGCAUCUCCCAUGAUUUAUCAAUAUCCACUGCCUCGUUCACAGCUUGUGGCCUCCAUUCCCAGCACAGCAUCUUGGUGGGAAGAAAACUUGCAAUGUUGGCUGGCUGAACGCAAGGAAGCUGCCAGCACAAGAACCCUCUUCCCUCUGCUAGGAUAUCCCAGUUCAGUUGGAAUUCCUUUGUGGCUUGUGCUGAAGAAUGAUCUAUCUAGAAAAGGCAGAAUCACGUUAAUCAAUGGAGAAAACAACCCAGACACCUGCAGGAGUUGUCAUAUGUUCCCCGAUGGCAACAUAUUUUGUGAUUGCGUUUUAGACACACAAAAUCUGGAGGUAUCACUCCAAUUCAUGGGACGUGAAUAAGAGGAAACACACCUUCCUGAUGGCCUGAAUAUCGCAAGUGUUUAACAUCCAGAAUCUAUGUUCGAAAUGGCCAGCAAGGAAUGCAAUGGCUGUGUUAUUUCAGGAUUUCAUAGGAGCAAUUUAACUCGUUCUGGGGAUUGUGGCCCACGAAAGCUCAAUAUGAAAACACUUCUUUUUUUUUUUUUUUUUUUAGAAACCCAUAU